AUGCCCUUCUCGACCGGCGAGUCACAUCUAUUCCAAUUCAACCAAAGCGGAUUCGAUUUCAACAUACAAUUCGAACAACUAUUCUUCUCUGUGGUUCCGUCAGUGCUGUUCAUCAUCACAUCGGCAUGGCGCACGUUUCACCAAUCGCGAAAGCCAGCGGUGGUUCACGCUCCGGCGUUCCAAUUGCUCAAAGCCAUCGCUAUUGCGGCAUAUCUUGGCCUUGAACUUGCACUACUGGUGCUGGUCGCGACUGGGUCCUUCCAUACGCCUGGCAUCUUCAUUGGAGCUUCGGUGCUCAAGCUUGUGUCAGCUUUGCUCAUGAUUGUCCUGAGCAUCAUUGACCAUAGCCGAAGCCCAAGACCCUCUGUGUUAUUGAGCGUAUACCUGUCUGUGACCCUGCUCUUGGAUGCAGCUCAGGCAAGGACCCUGUUUCUUUCGGCCGAUGGCAAUCCUGAGGUGAUCUACAGCAGCCUGUUCUGCGCUGCUAUAGCUUUGAAAGCUCUCAUGCUACUUUUGGAAGCUAAACAAAAGACCCCAUGGGUGCAUUGGGAUGAAAAAGAGCAUAGUCCGGAAGAGACUAGCGGUGUCUUCUCUAUUGGCGUCUUCUUCUGGCUCAACAAAAUGUUCAUGCUGGGGUAUCGCAAAGUGCUCAGCGUAGACGAUCUCUAUCCUCUGGAUCAGGCCCUCGACUCUGAAGCGCUGCACGAUAAAUUCUCCAAUGAGAUGGACUACAGCAAACUGAAAGGCGAUAAAUUCGGUCUUGUAAAAGUCUUAGCACGCACUCUUGCGGUACCUCUCCUUAUCCCGAUACUCCCACGACUAGCAUUGCUUGGUUUUACCCUUUGUCAACCGUUGUUCAUGGAAAGACUCCUAGACCACUUGUCUCAACCGACGCUCGAAGCCAACGUGGGGUACGGGUUCAUUGGUGCAACUUUCUUCAUCUAUUCAGGCAUUGCAAUUUCUACGGCAUUCUAUUGGUACUUUUGCGAUCGACUGCGUACCAUGACAAGAUCAGUUUUGGUUACUGAGAUCUACAUACAAGCUACUAAGGCUCGCAUCGGGGUCAGCGAUGACAGCGCUGCUUUGACACUAAUGAGUACCGACAUGGAGCGCAUCAGAUAUGGCAUGAGGUUCCUUCAUGAAGUCUGGGUUAGUAUGUUUCAAGCUUCUCUAGCUGCUUGGAUGCUAUACAACCGACUCGGUGUCGUUUUCGUAGCACCCAUUGGUAUAAUUGCUGCCGGUUUUGUUGCUUUAGCAUUCCUGGCAAAGUACAUGGGCGCCUCUCAGAGACAAUGGAUGGCAGCCGUUCAAGAACGAGUUGGUCUGACGGCUACAGUCAUCUCCAGCAUGAAAAAUCUCAAAAUAUCAGGCCUAUCAUCUGCCAUCGGUAGCACUGUGCAAAGGCUUCGCAUCGAGGAGCUGGCUGCGUCGGUCCUAUUUCGUAAGAUCUUCAUCACUGCGGCACUCCUUGGGUUUUUUGCGCAACUUAUUGGGCCACCGAUUACAUUCGCAUUGCUCCAAAAUACUCUUGACGUUUCUACGAUGUUUACCUCUUUGGCGUUUCUGACGCUACUCACCUACCCGCUCAGCCACAUAUUCGAGGGCAUACCGCAUCUCAUGACCACGCUGGCUUGUCUCGGACGUAUACAAGCUUUUCUGGAACGUGAAACGCACGGCGAUUUUCGGAAGGUCUUUGGCGACACCAGACAAGGGAUAGAAAAGCCACCAGUGGGAAUUGCCGACUCGUCAAAGUGUGUCAUUACCAUCACGGACGGUAACUUUGGUUGGCGCUCCGACGAAUUCGUCUUGCGAGACGUGAACGCGGAAAUACCCAAGGCCUCCCUUACCGUUGUCGUCGGCCCAGUUGGCUCCGGUAAAAGUACGUUCUGCAAAGCAGUUCUUGGAGAGAUACCUUUUGCAACUGGUAGCGUCAUAUCGCACACCAGACCUUCACACAUCGGAUUCUGCGAGCAAGGAGCUUUCUUGUCAAAUGGAUCGCUCAAAGACAACAUCGUGGGAUACUCCACAUUCGAUCAGGAGAGAUACACUGAAGUCAUCAAUGCUACUUCACUUGGCUUUGAUAUCGCGACAUUUCCAAAUGGCGAUGAAACGAACGUGGGAUCUGAUGGUAUCACCCUAUCUGGAGGGCAGAAGCAGCGCGUGUCACUAGCUCGAGCUCUUUACUUGCAGUCGGACUUGCUGGUACUGGAUGAUGUCUUUAGUGGUCUAGACGCAGACACUGAAGCUAGAGUCUUCCGACAAGUCUUUGCACCAGGUGGGCUUAUCAGAAGGAGGGGUGCCACGGCAGUACUAUGCACACAUAGUGUAGGGCAUCUAAUGGACGCGGAUCAUGUGAUUGUCCUUGGGAAUAACACCAUUGCUGAGCAAGGCAGCUACGCGGAAUUAGUGACCGGCUCUGGGUAUGUUCGAGGUUUGGACUUGGAGGGCUCUUCCAGUAGCGACGUUUCAACGGACGAGAUCGAAUCCAGCUCGAUCCGUUGUGACCAGAACGCUCCACUACUGGACCCUCUGGCUACCAAAAGCGUUCGAGAGGCAGACAUUGACAUGAAACGGCAAGUCGGCGACAAGACUGUAUACAAAGUCUAUGUCAAAAGCAUGGGUUUGCACAUAGCUGGCCUUGCCUUACUAUUCGCAGCCUUUUGGGGAUUCUUCACAAAUUUCCCAACCAUCUGUAAGUGA